GACGGCUGUGUUUCUGUGGAUAAAGAACCUUUCACACAGAAAGCCUCGUGAGAUCAACAUGAAGAUGUUGCUGUUUCUGCUUCUCCUGGGAAUAGUAGGCCCACACUGCACAUCUGCACGGACUCACUCUCUGAAGUAUUUCGACACUGCGUCCUCUGGAGUCCCAAACUUACCAGAGUUUGUUAGUGUUGGGUUGGUUGAUGAGGUUCAGAUAACUCACUACGACAGCAACACCAAGAGAUACGAACCCAAACAGGACUGGAUGAACAACAUCACAGCAGAGGAUCCUCAGUACUGGGAGAGGAACACUCAGAUCUCUCUGAGUAACCAGCAGGUCUUCAAAAACAACAUUGAAACUGCAAAGCAGCGCUUCAACCAAACUGGAGGGUCGCACAUUGUCCAGAGGAUGAUAGGCUGUGAUUGGGAUGAUGAGACUGGUGAGGUCAAAGGUUAUCUACACCAUGGUUUUGAUGGAGAAGACUUCCUGAUACUGGACCUGGAGACAGAGUCAUGGAUCGCUCCAAGACGAGAGGCUGUCCUCACCAAACAGAGGUUGGAUAAGGACAAAGCUUUGAUGGCAAACCUCAAGAACUACUUCACCCAGGUCUGUCCUGAGUAUCUGAAGAAGUUUAUGAACAAUGGGAGGAGCUUCCUGAUGAGAACAGAGAUCCCCUCAGUGUCUCUGCUCCAGAAGUCCCCCUCCUCUCCAGUCAGCUGCCACGCUACAGGUUUCUACCCGGACAGAGCCCUCAUGUUCUGGACCAGAGACGGAGAGGAGAUUUACGACAACGUGGACCACGGAGAGAUCCUGCCCAACCACGACGGAUCCUUCCAGAUGAGCGUGGACCUGAACGUCUCCUCAAUCCCCGCUGAACACUGGGACAAGUACCGAUGUGUGUUCCAGCUCUCUGGGGUGGCGGAGGACCACGUCAUCGUACUGGACUCAGCUGUGAUCAGGACCAACAGAGCCAGGUACCCAAAGUUGGCAACCCUGUUGCUGAAACAUGGGUGGCUGCUCUCUUCAUCGCUCUCCUCGUCGCUGGGAUUGGAUUCCUGGUUUACAGGAAGAGGAACGCCAAUAGAAACAACUUCCGCCAGCUCUGAGCUCACUGAGAGACUGAACCAGCCGGCACAGUGAGGGGCUUCACAUCAACUCUCCACCUGUUGCAUCAGAGCUCUUUCUCUGCUCUCAAACCUCUCCAGCUGCAGCUUUAGAGUUCAAACCCUUCUGCAGAGUGACCUCAGAAAGGCACGAUGCUUUCAGAAACACAAAUAUUAGAAAAUCAAUGACAUCAGUUCAAUAAAAUAGUGUAACACCAA